AUGACUACAUCAUGGGGCUUGCGGGGGUGGGCCACUACUGCCUCGCCUGCAUUUGUUCAACGGCUGAUUCUGAGUUUUAAGGUCUUGUACAUCAUCCUGAUCGUCUGCUUGAACGUCGUAGCAGGUGGCGGAGGUAGCAAUCUGUACACCGAGGAGGAGCUGCCCUUCACAGACGAGGAAGUCCAGGAGCGUAUCUUAGGCUCCAAGAUUGUCGUCGUUUCCGAGCAGGCCAUGCUCAACACAAUUUACACCCUCAAGGCCUGCCUACUCUUUAUGUAUCAGCGCAUCACUCAAGGCACACCUCAGCAACGUCUGGUCAAAUACCUGGCUAUAUAUGUGGCAGUCGGCUGGGUGGCUACCGAGAUUGCAUUUUUCACGAAUUGUCGACCAUUCAACGGAUACUGGGCUGUUCCACCUCCGAAUCCCGAGUGCACAACUCUACGACGAUAUGCAUACGUCCAGGCUGCAUUCAAUCUCACGAGCGACGUAUGCAUGAUCCUUAUCCCGGUACCGAUGGUUCUGCGCCUUAGAUUGCCGUUGAAGCAGAAGAUUAUCCUGGCCGGUGUCUUCAGCAUGGGUACAUUCGUCAUCAUUGCAGCCCUCCUCACAAAGUACUUCAACCUCAGCGACGUCUGGGAUACAUCCUACAUGCUGUGGUACUCACGCGAAGCCUCCGUCGCGGUCUGGGUGGCCAACCUCCCGAUGAUCUGGCCGCUCAUGCGCGAGUGGCUACCCUUCCUGCGCAGCAUGACGGGCUCGAAGAUGUCCUACAACCACGACCAGCACCGCACCGGCUACGGCAAGUCCGACCCGCGCAGCAGAAACAUCUCCAACCACACCGGCCUCGGCGGCCCAGACGUCCAGCUUUCGGAUCUAAAGUCCAACGUGAACGCGACGACCCGGAACGCCUCCACGUCAUCCUCGAACGACGAUCUCCGCCAGGGCGGCUUCGACUUCGAGGUCAAGAAGUUUGGGCGCCGCGACCGCAGCCCGGACAGCGACGAGAGGGUCCUCAACCAGGGUCAGAACUGGGGCACGAGCAAAGGCUUAGGGGAUAUCCGCCAGGAGACCACCAUCGAGGUCGAGCACGAAACCGUGGACCUCGAGAAGGGGUGUCCGAGCCGGCGAACCUCGCCGGGCCAGAUCGAGUGGGACAACGGCCGGCCGAUACGCGAGGUCAAGAUCGAGGGCGCGACGGACAGGAGUUUCUAA